AUGAAUACGCGUGGUUCCAGGGGGCCGGGCUCGGAGGCAACGUCAUUCUUUGGCAACAUUGGGUCGGUUGAAUCCGUAGUCACAGAGUUCAACGACAACUUAUUUGUUGAACCUGAGAUUGAGAAUGACAUUGAGAUUGAGCUGGAGGAAGAGGCCGUGUGGAAGGAAGAGGAGCUAAGGAUGCUUGAGAGUGUGCUAGAAGUAAGCAGGCUGGGAAGAGCGUCGAUGACGGCCGAGCUAGUGGCACCACUUGAAGGACUCGCCGGGGACACGAGAAUCCUCGAGGUCAUGUUCUGGAAUGAUAGAGGUUGUGGGACUGCUGGUCAGAGCUGGGGUGAGGCGAAGUUCCUAAAGGAGAAGAAGACAGCGGUACUGAGGCGAGGUGCCGAAACUAGAUUGAAGCUGUGGAAUCAGCUGAAAGCGGAUGAGAAGUUUGACGAGAUUGAUACAAUGUGUAGUGAAGUCGGUCAGCCAAUGCUGGAGAAGGAGGCACGGACAUUUUACAAGAUAGCGAUGCAAAGCCGGAACGAAAAAAGCAAAAUAGCUGGCGAGAGAUUGUUGAAUCUUAACGUUCACGGUGGAUUUGGUGGGGAUGAUGAUGGUAGGACAGGAAGAAAGAAGCAUGUUCAAGAACUACAUUGGGUGCAUAAUCCCCUGGUAACUUCGUUUGUACAAGGAGGCGGACGAAGGUUACAGAGAUGCGCUGCUAAUUCAAGCAGAGACAUCCCGAACAUUCCUCACAAGGGCUCUACGACCCUAGUGUACGCGGUGCCCUUAACCUUUCCGCCGGAAGAUAGAAUUGAGCGCGACAGCAAUACCGGGGUCGACUCUGUCUGUAAAGUGUCUGUCGGUACAUUUGGACCAGUCGACCACUCGCGAGAACCACCACCGACUCAAACUGCGAUUGCGAGAAGGGGGGACGGUAUUACAAGCGGAAAUAAGGAUAAUAGACAGGGAAGACGUGUAUGUUUGGGACGCGGUUCUGGGGUCAACGAGAUAGUGAUACUUUCGAGAGCUGGGUAUGAGCCAGAGGAAGAAGACGAGAGCAGCAACGAGUUUGAAGCCGAGGGAUCGAGCCGCUUUAGAUGGCUCGGCAGAGGUUCAAAGUCGGAAGUUGGAGUAGCGCCUGUCAACCGCAUCUUUUUCAAGAUUUCGCGUGUCCACCGGAAAGUAGCAGAUGGAGCACCGGCCGACCGCGCGCUUGAAAAUCCCAUUACAAAAUCUAUCCGACUUGCUGGCCGAGAAGGAACUUCAUUCACGCCAGUGUAA